AUGUCCACCUCAGCUCUGCUCACAGCUCGAGCUCUUAUCCUCUUACAGCUGCUCUCUCGUCUACUCACUUUCGGCCUGAACCAAGCGCUGGUUCGCCUUGCCCCUCCCGAGGUCUUUGGGACCGCCGCGAUCCAAUUCGACCUCAUCUGCUCUACGACCCUCUUCCUCUCGCGUGAAGGGAUCCGCAAUGCCCUGCUCCGGUCUCCUAUUACCCCCCACUCGGGAAAGGACAAGUCUUCUCGCCGAGCGCAGGACAGACGACAAGCGACUAUGCCCUUUUGGCUCGGAAUAGCAGUCUCGGCUCUAACCGUCACCAUUUAUCUUACCCGGCUCCCACUCAGCACAUCCAGGCAGAAAGACUUCCAUCUUUCCCUGGCGCUGUAUGUGGUCUCGGCGCUCCUGGAGCUAGGGAUCGAGCCACACUAUAUCAGGGCGCUCCGAAAUGACCCGCCGAAGAUCAGGGUGAGGGUACAGGCGGAAGGAGGAAUGGCUAUCACGCGGGCGGUGACGACUGUGGGGUGCGUGGUGCUGUUUGACAGGCUAGGAAGAGGGGGACCGCUCCUCGCCUUCGCGGUGGGGCAGGCGAUGGGAGCGGUAUGGCUAGUGGGGAGGUAUGUGUUGGAGUUUGGGACUGAAGGGUUGCUCUGGUCGAGCCUGGAUAUGGGAGAGAAGCGCUUCAACGAUGCUACAACAUCUCUUGCGCUCGCAAACAUGCGCCAGAGCGUCGUCAAGCAUGUCUUGACCGAGGCAGAUCGGAUCGCUGUGGGCAUCAUAUGCCCGCUGGAGGAUCAAGGCGGAUAUGCCAUCGCCAUGAACUAUGGCUCUCUUGUAGCCCGGAUCAUCUUCCAGCCCCUGGAAGAGACACUCCUCCUCCACUUCUCCUCCGCACCUACCUCACCCUCUUCCAUCCGCCUACUCACCCUCGCCGUGCGACUAUCCGCCCACCUGCUCCUUCUCCUUCCCGCCUUCCUACCACCACUCUUACCCGCCCUCAUCUCACUCCUUCUUCCUCGGCGAUACCUCUCCACCUCCGCGCCUGAGAUCCUCGAGAUAUACCUCAAAGCCUAUAUCCCCCUUCUAUCUCUAAACGGCAUCCUCGAGGCCUAUCACGCAGCCACAGCGACACCAGCGGAGGUCAAGACGCAGAUCAAGUGGAUGAUCGCCUCUUCGUUCGGCUUUGUUGGCGCUCUGGUGGUCAACGCCAAGUCGGUCCGAUGGCAGACCGAGGCGACCCUCAUUUACGCUUCGUGUAUCGCUAUGGCGAUUCGGAUCAUCUACGCCUUACUACACGCGCAGAGGAGGGCGAGGGAAUGUGGAUCAGAACUGAGAGUGGGUUCGAUUGCACCCCGGAAGGCGGUGGUUGUGGUAGCGGCGGCAAGUGGGGUCCUGAUUCGCUGGCUUGCGGGGAAGGCCAGAUGGGAGAAUGGGUGGAAGGGGAGAGGGGAGCUCAUUUUGGCGGGGGCGGUCUUGGGCUUGGGCACUUUGGGCGCUGUUGGUUUGUCAGAGAAGAGAGACGUCCAAGAGGUCUGGAGGGUCAAGAAGGAAUAG